AUGCAGUUCGCCGAAGCUCUUUUACGUCUCUUGUGGACUUACAGAUCCAUCACGGCCUUCGGCGUGGUUUUCGUCUUCCUUGCCAUCUUUACAUACGUUCGAAGCCCAAGACGGCGUCUCCCGCCAGGCCCGAGAGGGCUGCCCCUCCUUGGAAAUGCACUCGACAUUCUCCAGGAUCCGUGGCUGACUUUCGGCAGCUGGAUGAAGACGUAUGGUAUGCUCGUUCCGCUGUUCUCGUCUACUGGCCAGACGCUGAUCCGAUUUAAAACAGGCCCCAUAAUGCACUUCACCGCCGCUGGAAGCGAUGUAGUCGUCCUCAACGACCUCAAGACCUCGUUCGACAUACUAGAUCGCCGCGCGGGCGUCACAGCAGACCGGCCCGGGAAUGUCAUCAUAGACAUGAUGACGGGGUCCUGCUUCGUGCCGUUCCAGAGCCAGAACGCAAUGUGGCUGCGCAUGCGUAAAGCCUCCCACGGAGCCCUCCGCAACAUCUCCUUCCCAGAUAUCCGUCUCGUCCAGCAAAAGGAGGCCGCUCUCCUGGCCGCGGACAUGCUCAAGGACCCGCGGGACUGGCUGUCGCACCUGCACCGCGCGGUAUCGUCGGCGAAUAUGAACCUGGUGUACGGGACGCCUUCCCUUGCGUCUGCGAGCGAUUUAAAGCUGGUUUGGCUCGAGGACUUUGUCGCGCGGUUGACCAAGGCUGCGCUGCCUGGUGCGCAUUUGAGUCAGGUUUUCCCCUGGUUGAGACACAUGCCGUCUAGAUUCGCGCCAUGGAAGAGGCGGGUGGAGGAUUCGUUUGCGGCGGAUUCUGCUAUCUUUGGGAGUUGGUUUGAGGAGGCCCGACUUAGAGGCAUCGAUGGCGGCAACUGCCUCGUCAAGAGCUUUGUGAAAGACCAGAGCCGGUGCAACUUGUCCGACACCGAAAUCAACUGGCUCGCGGCGAGCGUAAUCGCUGGGGCAAAGUCGAUCACCGGCGUGCUGGAGUGGUGGAUGCUAGCCAUGGUCGUGUAUCCCGAGGUGCAGCAGCUCGCCCAGGAGGAGCUGGAUCGCGUCGUGGGACGCGAGGCGUCCCCAAACUUUGCCGAUCACUAUGGGAAGCUACCUUACAUUCAAGCCAUGGUCAAGGAGUCACUUCGCUGGCGACCCGUCGACCCAAUAGGUCUUCCACACCAGAGCUCCGAAGACAUCUGGUACGAAGGGCACUUUAUACCAAAAGGCUCACUGCUCAUUCCCAACGUCUGGGCCAUGAACCGCGAUCCGCACACGUACGGCCCGGACGCCCAUCACUUCAAUCCCGCCAGGUACCUCGAUCCCAAGACCGGGCAGCUUAAGCCGCUGGGAGCGGAGACGAAAGACCAGGGCCACGUCACGUUUGGCUUCGGCCGUAGGUUGUGUGUCGGGCGCCAGAUUGCGAAUGAGGAUCUCUUCAUUACUAUGGCAACGGUGCUUUGGACGAUGAAGAUUGAGCCAAAGGUGGGAUACGACGGGAUGAAUGUCCCUAUAGAUAUUGAUGGAUGCGUCGAUGACGGUGUCGUUGUGUGA